AUGGCUCCUCGAUUACCAAAACGUCUCGUCUCCAUAUCUCCUAAUGGCCAAUUCACUCGCCUUUGCCUCACCUCCCAGAUCCCAAAUAGAAAUGGCCUGCGCUACCUUGCUCUGACCCACUGCUGGGGGAAAAGACCCAUGCCCCUCCUUGCAAAUCUAAACAACCUAGACUCCCUUCUCCAAAAUAUCCCGUUCGAGAACCUCUCUAAGACUUUUCAGGAUGCCAUCAUUGCCACCCGGCGGCUGGGGUUCCAGUAUAUAUGGAUCGACUCCCUCUGCAUUCUUCAAGACGAUGAUGACGACUGGAUAAAUGAAGCCGCGCACAUGGGGAGCAUAUACUCAGGUUGCUUCUUGAACCUCGUCGCCGCCGAUGCGCCUGAUGGAGCUGCUGGCUGUUUCUUUGAGCGUGACCCCACUGCCAAGUUCCAGCUUCGCGACACCUCAAAUGGAAAUACAUAUCCUUGCUUGCUCAACAAAUCGGAAUAUCUCUCACACACGUCAAUAUUGAAGCGUGGCUGGUGCUUCCUGGAGACGUUACUGGCUCCACGAAGCCUGUACUUCUGCAAAUCGCAAUUGCUUUGGGAGUGCCGUACACUCCAGACGUGCGAAAUACUGCCCAAGGUGCUAUCCUGGACCCCUCCAGUCCACAGGUCAGUGAUAAGCUGGGAUGAAGACUUUUUAGAAGCAGAACAUCUACACAUUCUCCGAAGGAUGGCGUACGAAUGGCUAAAGAUAGUGGGCCUGUAUUCCCGAACGACGAUAACAUACCCUAAAGACAAGCUCACCGCCAUAUCUAGCAUCGCGCGCAUGUUUUCGCACUCAAAGCUCGUCAGACAAUGUGUUCGUGAGUCGGUGGGUAUCGAGUUCCAGCUCCUCUGGUACGUGCAACCCUCGCACAAAAGGUCGCGAGAUAAGAACCUUCGAGCGCCAUCGUGGUCAUGGGCAAAGAUCGAUGGUGUUGUGCAUAACAUGUUGGAGGAGCCCUAUGACGACUGGGAAGGCUUCGAGACCAAAUUGAAAGUCCUAGGCUGUAAGACGCAACUGGCAACAAAAGACCCGUACGGAGAAGUGCACGGCGGAUCGUUGACGUUGCGGUGUCCGAUUCCAGAGAGAGUGCCAUUGGUGAACAGAAAGCUGCUUCGACGUGGAUGGAGGAUACGCUUUGUACGCACGUAUUUGGAUUUUCUUGGAUCCAAAAACUGCGAAGUCUUUAUGGUUCCGAUAUGGGUAACCUUUGAUUCUGUGUUUGGUCUUCUGCUUGAACGCGACAAGGAUCCUGGGACUUACCGCCGCGUUGGAUUGUACAGGAUGGACUAUUAA